UUAUGAGAUUCUAUGCAAACCCCGGCUCCCCCAUCUGUGUUAUUGUUCUUUAACUUAUAACUUCUAAGCUGCCACCGCCAGAGAGAAAGUGAGAGAGCUCACUGCUCACCCUUGCAUAGCACACACAUGUUCUCCCAAUUCUUCCAAAUCUCACCAACAUCCCCGCAAAACCUUUUCUUCAACCCACUAUUCCUCCCUCACUACCCUCUUUUUUUCCACAAAAUCCCAUUCAAGUCCCACCCUUUUCUCCUUCCAAAACCAAAACCCCUUCUCCACUUCCAUCCCUUACUCGCAACCCCACCAAGCAACCCUGCGCCUCUCCCCAACGACCAAUCAUGGCAAACCCAUGAAGCCCAAGAAGCCAUUUCCGAGUUUCUCCAAGGAUUCGGGGUCUCCCAGGCCGAUUCGGACUCCAUUUCUUCAACCUCGCCAAGGUAUUUGAAGAUGCUUGUUGAUGGGGUCAGGGAUUUGGACGAGCUCUCGCUGUGGGGUUCCUGCGGAGCUGAAGGUAAAGACUUUGCUGUUGCUGGAGAUGCUGUUGUUGGGUUCAAGAAGAAGGUCCUUUAUAUGGCCAAGGAGAAAGGUGAUAAUGGCAAGGUUGCGUUCUUGGAGAGUGUGGGGUUGAGUCUUUCUGCGGCCAUGAAUGUUGCGCGGUAUUUGUCGGCUGAGUCGCUCCCUGCUCUCGUUCAUAAGGUUAAGUGUAUGAAGGAACUGUUAUUUUCUGGCAACAGUGAUGGGGGCCGCAUAGGAAAAAAUGCUCGCCGUAUGAUGAUGUAUUUAUCAAUUCCAAUUGAUGAAGAAUUGCAACAAACCUUAUCCUUUUUCGAAAAGAUUCAAGCACGGCGUGGAGGUUUAGACACGUUGGGUUCCAACGAUGCUUCUUUUCGAUAUCUAAUCGAAUCAUUUCCACGACUUCUUUUGUUAUCAGUAGAAUCCCACAUGAAACCUAUGGUGGAAUUUCUUGAGAAUAUUGGAGUACCAAGAGGACGCCUGAUAAACUUGAUUCUAUUAUUUCCACCAAUUAUUUUCUACAAUAUUGAGCUUAUUAAACUAAGAGUCCUGGCUUUCAAGGAGGUUGCAGUAGUGGAUAAAGAUAUGGGAAAAUUGUUGCUAAAAUAUCCAUGGAUUCUAUCUACUAGCAUUCAAGAGAACUACAAGGAGGUCCUUUAUUUUUUUAAUUUGGAGAAGGUUCCUAUAUUGAGUGUUCACCGUGCAAUCAAAAGCUGGCCACAUAUAUUGGGUUGUUCAACCAGCAAGCUAAAGUUAAUGGUGGAACAUUUUGACGAAUUAGGUGUUAGAAAUAAAAAGUUAGGUCAGGUUAUUGCUAAAAGUCCCCAGCUACUACUUCGGAAACCUCAAGAGCUUCUCCAAGUCGUUUCAUUUUUGGAAGAUCUUGGGAUUGAUAAAGAAACAAUUGGAAGGAUAAUUUGUCGCUGUCCUGAAAUUUUUGCUACCAGCAUUGAGAAAACUCUUCAGAGAAAACUUGAAUUCCUUACCAGUAUUGGUGUUUCUGGAGCUCACGUUCCCCGUGUAAUCAAAAAAUAUCCGGAGCUUUUUGUGUCUGAUGUUGACCGAACUUUACUUCCUAGGAUGACAUACUUAAUGACAUUAGGGCUAUCAGCAAAGGAUAUUGCAUUUAUGGUCCGUAAAUUCUCUCCUCUAUUAGGAUACAGCAUUGAUGAGGUUUUGAGACCAAAGGUAGAAUUCCUUGUCAACACAAUGGAGAAGCCAAUAACUGAUGUGGUGGACUAUCCAAGGUAUUUUAGCUACUCGUUGGAGAAGAAGAUAAAGCCAAGAUUUUGGGUGCUAAAGGGAAGGAAUGUUGAAUGUAGCUUGAAGGAUAUGCUGGGCAAAAAUGAUGACGAUUUUGCUGCCGAUUAUAUGGGUGUCGGAAGCAUGCUUGUUACUUCUCCCAUUGCCAAGCAAUGAAAGAUUAUGUGCUUGUUUCAUGGUAGUUACUUUGUAAAUAUUAUACCACAGAUUUAAAUAGAAUCAAGUGCCAUUACAUAUCUUUUAAGAUCAAAUGAUCAAUGCUAAACAAAGUUUUGUAGAUUGUAAA